ACACAAAGCCUUCCCGAAACCCAGCGCUCACGUGCCUCGACUCCAUCAAGCUCAAGUGCGUUUGUUCUGUGUGGCUCGUUUUAAAGGAUUUUGCCGGCAUCGACAGAAAAGCAGAGAGGAUAACUUUUUGGAGUUUGGUCUAGCGGCUCCUUUUGACGUUUCGCUCGCUGCGGGAUCCCACUUUCUCUCUCAUUCAUUUAUCCUGAAGAUCUCAGCGCAGCUCCAGUGUUCCUCGGGAUGUACAGCUUCAUGGGAGGGGGUUUGUUCUGUGCCGUCAUGGGCAACAUCUUGCUGGUGGUCUCCACGGCGACGGACUACUGGAUGCAGUAUAGACUGUCCGGCAGCUUCGCUCACCAGGGCCUGUGGAGAUACUGCAUGUCUGGCAAAUGCUACACACAGACCGACAGUAUCGCUUACUGGAACGCAACCCGGGCCUUCAUGAUCCUCUCGGCGAUCUCGUGUUUCGCGGGAAUCAUCGCAGGCAUCCUCUCCUUCGCUCACUUCUCCGCCUUUGAGCGAUUCAACCGUUCCUUUGCUGCAGGGAUCAUGUUUUUUAUUUCCACACUUUUUGUUCUGCUCGCGAUGGCAAUCUACACCGGCGUGACGGUGAACUUCCUCGGGAAGCGCUUUGGUGAUUGGCGUUUCUCAUGGUCCUACAUUCUGGGCUGGGUCGCUCUGCUUAUGACCUUUUUUGCAGGUAUAUUUUACAUGUGUGCCUACAAGAUGCACGAAUGCCGAAGAGUGGCUGGAACUCGCUAAAACAAAACAGAAGCAAACACUGUGUCUAAACAUGAAUAUAUACAGGCGUUUGGUUAUCUGAUCCCAGUUAAAAAGCCAACAAAAGUUGCCUGAAAGAUCCUUCUGGUUGUCCCGCAGGAUUUCUUUAGUCUCAAUCCCAGUUAUGCACAUUUGAGCUUAAAAAUAGUUCAUGCAACCCAGAACAAAUCCGAAUCAUUGUUCAUGCAGAGACAAAAUUUCCAAUAAAAUCUCAGACUAUUCUCAUCA